UUGGAGCUCCAGCAAAACGGUGACAUGGAUAUACUGAAGCUCAAGUGGUGGCCCAAGGACAGCCCCUGUGACCUCUACAGCUCGAUCCAGACACGACAGCGCGGCAGUGCCCUGGACAUCCACAGCUUUGCCGGUGUUUUCUGCGUCCUUGCAGCCGGCGUGGUGCUCUCCUGUCUCAUUGCCAUGGUGGAAAGCUGGUGGUCUCGGAGGAAGGGAUCCAGGGUCCCCUCCAAGGAGGACGAUAAGGAGAUCGACCUGGAGCACCUACACCGCCGGGUUAACAGCUUGUGCACCGAGGAUGAAAGCCCCCACAAGCAGUUCUCCACCUCUUCCGUCGAUUUAACUCCCCUUGACAUGGAUGCACUGCCCGCCGCACGCCAGGCACUCGAGCAGAUCAGUGAUUUCCGCAACACCCACAUCACCACAACCACCUUCAUCCCCGAGCAGAUCCAGACCCUUAGCCGCAGCCUCUCUGCCAAAGCCGCAGCUGGAUUUUCCGCUGGUUUCGGUAGCGGUGGCGGGGGCGUCCUCCAGGACCACCGGACUGGCGGGGUGGGCCCUUUUAGGCAGAGGGCCCCCAACGGUGGCUUCUUCCGCAGCCCCAUUAAAACAAUGUCCUCCAUCCCGUACCAGCCCACAGGUCCAGGACCCAACUUUGGAUAUGGCAAUGAUCCAGACAGGGGCACCUCUAUAUGAGGAGUUGUUACAGAUAUGGUUGGUUCAGGAGGAGGAGGAGGAGGAGAUAGAGCAGAGGGAGGAAGCAAGGUGGUUAGGGUCGGUCAUGGGAUGGGAGAACAAAUACAUUAUGGCUUAGCUAAAAAGUCAGAAGAUAGAGAUCCAUGUACAUAGGAAUCUUUAUGUUUUCAGUUUCUGCUUGGGUGUUUCCAUGGGUGUCCAUUUUCUAUGUGGAGAAGACGAAAGAGGUGGAGGUCUGUUGGGGUUACUUAUCCCCCUACAAACCCUAAUGGUAAGGUGCUAAAAGGGAAGGGGUCGGGGGGGGCUUGAAUCUUUGCUUUAUUGUUGUUGUUCUUGUGAUUGUUGGGGGAUUAUUUUUGGGGAUAUGUGUGAAAGGGGAUCUCUUUUUAUUGUUUCUGUUUUAUGAUAUGAGGACUGCCUCAUAAAAUGGAGAUCUGCUGAAAUGACCUGACUAUUAUUAUCUAAACCCCACCUCGGAUGGUUUAGUUUAUACUACUCCAACCACAGGAAACACGUCUAUAUUCCUGUGAGCUCCAGGGCUGCCAUUGGUGGAUGGCUGAUGGUGUCUUUAGCCAUUAAACAACUCCAAGGGGCUCACACUACUAAGCAAUUAUGGGGCAGUUAUUUUAUGAAGGCAUAUAUUACAAUAGUUUUGUGUGUAGCCCUGGGAAUACAUACGGAAGCCCCUUGUAGUUUUGAAAAGGCCCCAUCUGAGUGGAUAUUGGAAGAUUCCACUUCUCCAGUUUUACUCUGCCUUUUCACCAUGUGGGAGUCCAUUCUGAGUUUUCUCUUCUCUGGUAUUGUUUCACCAAUACCUGGGGUUCUAAAUGUGUAAUCAUCUCCAAGAUGGUGUCCACACGGUGGCCUGACUAGACCUAAGACUUUACAGCUGAACACAUGCUGACACCAUCAUGGUGCAUCGGUCUGGAAACUGCUGAAAUGCCAUGACAGUGCAACAAUACGACACUGUAGAAUCACCAGUUUGGUGUGUUGAUCUUAAAACAAUUUCUGCCAUUUUGGUGCAUCAGCCUGAAACUGUUUUCACCAUUUUGAUGCACAUUAAAGACUCUUUGUCAAUCCCACUGCACUGUACCAGUGCCCACAGACCUGUAAGUGAUUGUAUGUAGAUCUGACUUUCUUUUCUCACCUGUACUGUGCUAUCUGCUUUUCAAGUCAAGGUGAGAUCCUCUAAUCAGACUCUCAGAGGUAUAGUAAAAAGGGAUGAUACAAAAAACGACUUAAAAAAAAAAAACAUAAAAGACAAGCCGAAAGACUUCAAAAAGCUUAUGCUUAUUAUAUGUCUUUUAUUGAAUUUUGUUUUCGAAAAAAAUAGAUUUUAAUGCGUGGAAUGUGUUUUGGUCAGGAAGUACAAAAAAUAACAUUGUUCUGAGCUGUCUACUUGUUUUUUUCUCUCAGCAAACGUUGAAAAACUGCUAAAUGAGUGCUGUAGUCUCUGGUUUUGCAUCAUUAAGUCAUUCAAACUUUUACUUUUGAUUUUUUUCCCUCUUUUUUUGCUUAAUUUAGUGCUGCCAUGACCCGGGUGUUUAAAAGAUAAAAGCUCAUUAAGGUCAUGUCAUGUUCGAGUUCAUUAAUCACUUCUUAUCAGGUUCAACUGGUGAAAUGGAGUUUAUUUUGUGUUUGAGGAGAAGCCAUUGCAACAGCAUUUUCAGUACAGGCCUUAUAUGUCAACUAGUUAGCUGUACCCUCCCGACUCCCAGUCAAACCCAAAAUAUCACCGUGUACUGGAAACAUUUUAGAGCAAAUCAGUGGUUGUGCUUCAGGGUCAUUGGAAUGUCACAAAAAGUCAACGGCCAUCGGAACCCAAUGGCUGCCUUUUAUGAGAUGAGUCUGAAAUAUACUUCUAUUUCACAUCUGUAAUGUUAAGGGUACUGUUUAUAUAACUUGUUUUUUUAAAGUGCCAAUUAAUUAAAAGGAGACCAUUAAGGUGCAUUUUGGGGUGGGGAAGGGGAAUGGUACAUUAAGAGCAUUAAAGGAAUAUUUUGUGGAUUAGAGGGCGGGGUGGUAAAAUGGAACCAAAUCUUUUUCACUAACACUGUAUUAAUAAUUGAUAAUGUUAGUUGUUUAGAACAAGUUUUCAGUUUGUUAUCUUUAAGAACUAAAACUGCAAAAUGUUGUGCGUAGAGAACUCAGUCAAGCCACAGUGUUUUGAAGCAAGCAUUCUUAGGCAUUCUUUUCUUAUAUUAGGCUACAGUAUGGCUAUUGGAUGACAAAUAGGACACAGACAUUUAAAAGGUUUUAUUUAGUAUAAAUGAAAGAGACAUUAUAAAAAUGUAUAUUUUACAUGUUGAUGCUAUUUUUGUUUAACAAAAAGAAAAGAGUAUAUCAUGAUGAGCUUUAGUGUUGAGUUUAGCAGUCACAUUACUGCAUUUGGGUUUCCCUUGUUCUGCCAAUGGUCAACAUAAACACAUAAACACAAACUCUGCUUUUCUCAUGUCAUCCUGAGUUCAUUUUAUUAUUUGCUGGCUAAAUAACAAAAAGUGGCAAGUUGAUUAAAAAGAAAGCAUGCACAAACUUGCUCUUGCGCUAUCUGUUAACAUUUUUAAUUUCAUACAUAGAACUACAGGAUUUACUUGAUAAUUUUCAAAAAUUUAUGAUGUACAGUAUUUAAUAUAGGCCUAUUUUGUUGUAUGUGUUGCAUAUUAUUCAAAAACUGAACAAACUGGGGCCUCUGUUACAAGUGGCAAAGCUUUCUGUGUAUAAUUUGUCUA